AUGGUCAAACAUGACCGGUGGCGCCGGUCAAUGGUUGAUAAACCUCUCUACAAAACACAACUCUCUCUCUCUCUCUCUCUCUAUCUGUCUCUCUGCCUUUCUGUCUCUCUUUCUCUCCUUAAAAGGGUCCUGUGUGAACUUUCAGAAGCCAAAACAAAGAGCAAGAAGGAAAAAAAAAUUUACUUUUUGAUUGGUUUGUCUGAGUUUUUUGUGGUGGGUUUGAGCCCAAGAGUUGGAAUUUCUUGAAGAAUUGUGCCUUUUCCUUUCCAAGUUUGGUGGAUAGAGAGCAAUGGCAGUCUAAUGCAUCUUUCAAUCUACCAUAUGUGCACCCACUGUCCAUUAAAGAAUAAAUGUAGUAUUUAAUACAGUCCCUUCUCAAUGUUGAAUGAGCAACGUUCACAUGUACCAAAGUUUGGCAAUUGGGAAAGUGAAGAGAAUGUUCCUUACACAGCCUUUUUUGAUAAGGCUCGCAAGGGUCGAACUUCUGGGGGCAAGAUGAUAAAUCCAAAUGACCCUCAAGAGAAUCCUGAUAUACUUAAUUAUAAUUCAGCAUCAACUCAAGGUCCUACUUCCAGAGGCCGAGCCGAACCAGCGGAACCUAUAAGACAGGGAGCAGGAAUAUCAUCACAUGAACGGGGCACAAGUAGGGAAGAUGGUGACCUCAGGCAGUUCACUGAAUCUCCAGCCCAUAAUGACAAUUUGGGGACCAGAGCUACCAACGAGUCUGCUUAUCAACGCCAUGGAGGGCGUGGAGUUGGACCUGGUGAAGCCAAUAGAAGAGCUUCAAGGCCUAGUACUGGAUCUGAGCACAGUAUUGAACGUUCACCACUCCAUCGCCAGGCAAGGGCUUCGGCAAGAGAUAGUGGGGUCAAUUCACCCUCUUGGGAAGGAAAGGCUUCAUAUGAUAGCACUCAUGGAACUCCUGGAAGAUCCCGAAUGAAACCAGUGACUCGUGGCGAUGAAACACCUGAAAAAGGUGCUGCUGUUCCAAAAUUUGGUGAGUGGGAUGAGAAUAACCCUGCAUCAGCUGAUGGUUUUACUCAUAUUUUUAACAAAGUGCGGGAGGAGAGGCAGAGUGGGGUAGGAAGUGCACCAGGGCCUAAUGGGACACCUUACACCAACACGCGGAGGCAAGAUGCUAAAGACAGUGUUAAGAGUUGCUGCUUUCCAUGGGGCAGAAAGUGAUUUGUCUUCAAAUUUGUGGAUAAAUAUGAGGUGUGUGGACCUGUAAAUACCUUUAAAAUGCUCUCUCCAAGCUGAGUUUCUUCUUUGCAGUGCAAUUAUAUUCACUAAGUGCGCUACUUGUAUUAAUAAACAUGUAUUUCUGAUGGAAAAGCAUGCCGUCUUGCUGCUCUUUUUUUCACCCUUAGCUUCUUUAAGGUGUACUAUUUAUGUUCAGUCUUUCUGUUUUAUUUGGAUGGGGGAAAAAAAACGGAUACACAUUCUUUUAUUAUAUUGCUCAUAUAUUGAAGUGAUCAUUAAACCUGUUCUUAA